AUGGCAGAUAAAGAAGUGUACGACGAUGCGGUGGAGGAGAGGGUCAUCAACGAGGAGUACAAGAUUUGGAAGAAAAACACCCCUUUCCUUUACGACCUGGUGAUGACGCAUGCGCUGGAGUGGCCCAGCCUCACUGUCCAGUGGCUUCCAGAUGUCAACAGGCCGGAGGGGAAAGACUACACCGUCCACAGACUGGUUUUGGGAACCCACACGUCGGAUGAGCAGAACCACCUUGUGAUCGCCAGUGUCCAGGUCCCAAAUGACGACGCCCAGUUUGACGCCUCGCAUUACGACAGCGAAAAAGGAGAGUUUGGUGGAUUCGGCUCCGUGAGUGGCAAAAUAGAGAUUGAGAUCAAAAUCAACCACGAGGGAGAGGUGAACCGAGCCCGUUACAUGCCCCAGAAGCCCUGCAUCAUCGCAACCAAGACUCCCACUUCCGAUGUGCUGGUCUUCGACUAUACCAAACACCCCCCUAAGCCAGAUCCCAGCGGGGAGUGUAGCCCGGACCUGAGGCUCAAAGGCCACCAGAAAGAAGGUUACGGCCUUUCCUGGAAUCCAAACCUCAGUGGGAACUUACUGAGUGCUUCUGAUGACCAUACCAUCUGUCUGUGGGACAUUGGGGCUGGCCCAAAGGAAGGGAAGAUAGUAGACGCCAAGACCAUCUUCACAGGGCACACGGCCGUGGUGGAAGACGUUUCUUGGCACUUGCUUCACGAAUCGCUUUUCGGCUCGGUCGCCGACGACCAGAAAUUGAUGAUAUGGGACACCCGGUCCAACAACACGUCCAAAGCCAGCCACGCGGUAGACGCCCACACGGCCGAGGUCAACUGCCUGAGCUUCAACCCCUACAGCGAGUUCAUUCUGGCCACUGGCUCCGCAGAUAAGACUGUUGCUCUGUGGGAUCUGAGAAACCUCAAGCUGAAGCUCCACUCCUUCGAGUCGCACAAGGAUGAAAUUUUCCAAGUCCAGUGGUCCCCCCACAACGAGACCAUCCUGGCCUCCAGCGGCACCGACCGGCGUCUCAACGUGUGGGAUCUCAGUAAAAUCGGGGAGGAGCAGUCUGCGGAGGAUGCCGAGGACGGCCCGCCGGAGCUCCUGUUCAUCCAUGGUGGCCACACAGCCAAGAUCUCGGACUUCUCCUGGAACCCCAACGAACCCUGGAUCAUCUGCUCUGUGUCCGAGGACAACAUCAUGCAAGUCUGGCAAAUGGCGGAGAACAUCUACAACGACGAGGAGCCCGACAACACCCCCGCAUCAGAGCUGGAGGCUCAGGGAUCCUAACCCAGCUCCCCCCCCCCAGGCAUCUCCGACACACGGGACGCGGGCCUGGAUGUGCUAAAGGCUGAAAUCCAACGCCACCCCCCACAGCACAGAAUUCUCAAAUGGGCUUUUCCCAAAACAAACUGACCAAUCAUCCGUCAUUUCCAAAAAGCUUCGGGUGGGGGGCGGGGCUCAUAGUAAACCCUGGGAACCGGGCUUCAGUAACGAAUUUUGACUUGUGCUUUUUUGACGAUUAUAACAACCAUGCUGGUCAUGUCCAGAGAUGCUUUUUCAUAGCCUGUUCGUCCACCUUUUUGCACUCGUGGUUAGUGUUCCACAUGUUUGACCUCCGAGAACCCGCUCCCUGCCGUUUGCCUCCUGUUCUAAAAAGGUACAUGCACACCCUGGGAUUCAAGUGCACACGGACGCCCUUCUUUCCUUUUGUCAAUGUGAAAUUGUGGUAUGUUUCCUGCACCACAAACUGCAAUAAAGCUUUUUUACCUUUUUCCGCUUCCAUGCUCGUUCCCCUCAGUCCGACGCCGGCAGAGUGAAGACGCAACUCGGGCUUUGCAAAUCCUACAAAAUAUUUAUUGAAAAGCAAGACAACGCUGA